GAUAACUCCUAGAAUCCCACAAACUCGACGACAAUUUUAGUUCUCUCAUCAUGGCUCAUCAUGGUAGGUCACCUCUUUGCAAGAAAUGCCAGUGGGCCAAUGACGCCCGACUACGAAAACAGCCCGCGGCUGGGCUAUCCCUCACAGUCGUCAAAGAUGUUGGCAAGCACCAGCGAGCUACCCAUUUUCAUUACUGAGAACCAGUCGCGACGCACGGUCUCUCUACGUCUCUUCAUCUGGGCCCUCGUUUGCUUUACCGCCGUAGCGUUGGCGCUGGGUCUAGGUCUCGGGCUCGGUUGUGCCCGAUAUAGAGCCCUCUAUACUACACCGUUUCCCCCGCUAUCUAAUUACACCAUCCGCUACGGUAUCCCUGAGAACCUCGACUUCGUCCCCACAGAGAGGCUUAUUAAUAAGCGGGAGCUCGAGCUGGAUACGAACUUCAUCGUUUCGAGCGAGCCUCGGGUCCGCGAGUUCGAGUUCAAUGUGUCGGUGGCGCUGGCCGCGCCGGACGGGUUCCGGAAACCGAUGGUGUUGGUUAAUGGGCAGUCUCCGGGGCCGCUGAUUGAGGCGAAUGUGGGGGAUAUGAUUCGCGUUAGGGUUAAUAACCAUAUGACGAAUAGUAGCACGUCGAUACACUGGCACGGCAUGAACCAGAUCGGCACGCCGUGGAUGGACGGCGUGGCGGGCGUUUCGCAGUGCGGGAUCCCGGCCGGUCAGGGGUUUAUGUACGAGUUCCGGGUGGUGGAUCAGAGGGGCACGUUUUGGUGGCAUGCGCAUUCGUCGGUACAGUAUAGCGACGGUGCUUACGGAGCAAUUAUUAUACGCGAUCCAGGAGAACUGGUACCUAAGACAGACGACGAGAAGCUCCUGUUUGUGUCGGAUGUAUAUCACACCUACGGAUCCGUUAUAUUAACAAGCUACCUUAACUCAACGUCGAAAUGGGUCGACUGGGAAUCAGGCGUCGAGCCACUUGCCGACAAUGUCCUGCUCAACGGGCAGAACACAUACAACUGCUCCGUCACAUCGACCACAUACGCACCAUCCGCAGACCAGCCCUUCGAGAAUAACUGCACGGGCGGGCACCUCUACACAACAAAAGUACGCCGUGGAAAGACCGUACGCUUACGGCUAAUCAACGCCUCCUCGUUCCUAUCGUACUGGUUCAGCAUCGACAACCACACGGUAUCCAUCGUCGAGCUAGACGGCGUUGAAAUCGAACCUAUUUCCGCCCGUGGCGUAUACUUGAACCUCGGACAGCGAGCCUCUGUAAUCCUAACUGCAGACCAGCAACCCGGUAGCUACUACGUGCGUGCUUCGCUGCCGAAAACGUGCUUUCUGCCGUACGCGCCGUACAAUAGUUCGGGGCUCGAGGCAGCAGGGUACGGCGCUAAGGGGAUAAUAUCGUAUUUCGAAGAUAGUCAGCAGGAGACAGGCGAUGGUGAUGCUGGCCCGGUACUUGAGCCCAUUGGGGUUGCUGGAAAUACGUCGAACCCGUAUGGAGUGGAGAAUAACGGGCAAAGGGGAGACGUGUGGGAGGGAUGCGAUGACAUGCCAUUCGAUAUGCCGAAGCCGAUGCGAAGGCAGCCCGCGGUGAAUGUAAGCGAGGCAAAUACGCAUUACCUCGAGUAUGCGUUCCGCCAGGCGCAGGAGGUCAAUCGCAUUUUCGUCAACAAAACUUCCUACCUACCCCUCCCCGCCAACGCCACCCUCUGGAAAGCCCUAGACCAACAGUUCACCCCCGACAGGUCAAACUCGUAUAAUAGCUGGGACUUCGGUCUCAACCAGCAAGUCCUACUAAUCCCAGACGCUACCCAGGGCGCUCAGAUCGUCAUCAACUCGCUUGACGCGAUGGAGCACCCGUGGCACAUGCAUGGCCACACCUUCCAAGUCGUCGGCUGGGGCAAAGGCCUCUUCGGCAGCAGUACCAACUCUACGACCUGGAACCUCGCGAACCCGAUGCGUCGCGACACCGUCACCGUGCCGCCUUUCAACCACGUCGUUCUACGCUACGCCGCCGAUAACCCGGGGCUCUGGGCGUUGCACUGCCAUGUUGCAUGGCAUAUUGAAGGCGGCAUGUUUCUCACCUUAGCCGAGCGGCCAUCCGAUCUCGUUACGCUAGUUAAUCAGAUGGAUCCCGACACAAGACGUAAAAGCCAGAGCUUCUGCGGCGCGGCUACAUAAUACCGACAUAAAUCUACGGAGCUAAGUAAUGACUUUACACCGGAGUAUACUCGGACGAUCUAAGGAAGUCCAGCUUAAUCCUAUCUAGACCUGUAUAUAAUAGAGGAAAUUUCAUCACAGUAUAAUGGAAUCUACAAAUCAAAUC